AUGGACCCAGCAGCAGUAAAUCCGUCCGAGGAGCUUCGGGACGACAUCAUUUUUAAUGUGGAGAAUCUUCUCAGCCUGUGGCUGGAACACCCCCCGGAAGAGCUUCGCCACGCAGUGGAAAGCCGGCUACAACGUCUCUUUUCCGGCCUGCCAUGGCUGUUGGCGUCUCUUUCCCCGACCAUGCAGGCCUUUCUCCACCUCACACCACACCUUCUCUCUGCCACUCCUGCCUCGCUGCCCGACUCGCCGGAUGUGACCUUGCCUGGCCUGUUGGAGCCGUCGGCGGGGAGGAAAUGUCGAUCGCGCCGCCGGCGCACCACCCCACAGCCAGACAUUCGGACUUUUAAUUCGCCGGCUGUGCUCAUCGCCUGCUCAGCAGCCGCUCUCAGCUCAGUUUUCUGGUGUCACUCCACCGCGGCUUUCAGAAUUCAGGCCCUGCAGGAGGAGCAAGCAGCGGCGAAAGAAGGAUUAUGUGGUGGAAGACACUGGGCUUACUCCGCUGCAAUCCUUUGCUUUGUUUUUGGGACUUUCAAGAUCGGAGCUACACAAACUUCCCACCUCCUCGUCCCAGCCUCGCUCCACCACUCCUCCCCAGCCUCCAGUAGCUGCCCAGCCUCCAGUAGCUCAGUUAGCUGCCCCGCAGCCGCUCUCAGCUCAGUUAGCUGCCCCGCAGCAGUCUCCAGUGCUCCCAGCUUCACCCUCAGUGCAGCCUCCAGUGCUCCCAGCUUCACCCUCAGUGCAGCCUCCAGUGCUCCCAGCUUCACCCUCAGUGCAGCCUCCAGUGCUCCCAGCUUCACCCUCAGUGCAGUCUCCAGUGCUCCCAGCUUCACCCUCAGUGCAGGCCCCAGUGCCGCCUGUCGUCCAGGCCCCAGUGCCGCCCGUAGCUCAGUCUCCAGUGCCUCCAGUGCCGCCUGUAGCUCAGUCUCCAGUGCCUCCAGUGCCGCCCGUAGCUCAGUCUCCAGUGCCUCCAGUGCCGCCCGUAGCUCAGUCUCCAGUGCCUCCAGUGCCUCCAGUGCCGCCCGUAGCUCAGACUCCAGUGCCUCCAGUGCCUCCAGUGCCUCCAGUAGCUCAGUCUCCAGUGCCUCCAGUGCCGCCCGUAGCUCAGUCUCCAGUGCCUCCAGUGCCUCCAGUGCCUCCAGUGCCUCCAGUGCCGCCCAUAGCUCAGUCUCCAGUGCCUCCAGUGCCGCCCAUAGCUCAGUCUCCAGUGCCUCCAGUAGCUCAGUCUCCAGUGCCUCCAGUACCGCCUGUAGCUCAGUCUCCAGUGCCUCCAGUGCCUCCAGUGCCUCCAGUGCCGCCCAUAGCUCAGUCUCCAGUGCCUCCAGUGCCGCCCAUAGCUCAGUCUCCAGUGCCUCCAGUAGCUCAGUCUCCAGUGCCUCCAGUGCCGCCCAUAGCUCAGUCUCCAGUGCCUCCAGUAGCUCAGUCUCCAGUGCCUCCAGUGCCGCCCGUAGCUCAGUCUCCAGUGCCUCCAGUGCCUCCAGUGCCUCCAGUGCCGCCCAUAGCUCAGUCUCCAGUGCCUCCAGUGCCGCCCAUAGCUCAGUCUCCAGUGCCUCCAGUAGCUCAGUCUCCAGUGCCUCCAGUGCCGCCCGUAGCUCAGUCUCCAGUGCCUCCAGUGCCUCCAGUGCCGCCCGUAGCUCAGUCUCCAGUGCCUCCAGUGCCGCCCGUAGCUCAGUCUCCAGUGCCUCCAGUGCCGCCCGUAGCUCAGUCUCCAGUGCCUCCAGUGCCGCCCGUAGCUCAGUCUCCAGUGCCUCCAGUGCCGCCCGUAGCUCAGUCUCCAGUGCCUCCAGUGCCGCCCGUAGCUCAGUCCCCUGUGCCCCCAGUGUCACCUGUAGGUAA